AAUUUUUCCAUUUGAAUGUAAUUCUUAUCGUUGCAAUUUAAGAGUGGAAGAAAAAGUCAAAAGCUGCGCUAUUGACCUGGUAACGACAAAGGCGAAUGAAAAUUGAUACAACAAUGAUGACAACACAUUGGCCCUUGAAGUUUCUGUAUUUCCUUCCCAUCCUGAUGACAUAUGCAAAAUUCGAGGAUCAGGAUAGCCUACGGAUGCAUGGAGAAGGGUACGACAUUACCCCAGUAAUUGUCAGCAGUGGGAUUUAUUUCGAGCACGUUUCUGAAGUCCGAAGAUCGACCAGUCGCUGGAGAGUAGCAGUGUUCCUUGACAUUGCCAAACAAAGACGUCAUUUCAACGACCUAAAAGCACGAAUGGAGAGGAUGAAAGAACUAUGCCAACAACAAGAAAGAAAUUGCAAUGGACCCCCAGACUCUUUCAACUGGGAAGACAGAUGGGAAAUGGUAGAGGAAAUACAAAACCAGUUCCAAAUUCAAAUCCGGGAAUUACAAAAUAGUAAAGAAACAUCACCAAUCAGAUUGUCAUCCCAAUUGAGAGUAAGACGGAGCGUGCCAUUACUUGGAAUUUUGGGAAAGAUUGCUGGACCAGUGGCCGGUGUCCUAAAUUACGACGACGGGGAACGCUACGACGCCGAAAUAAGAGAGCUAAACGAGGCACAAACCAACCUCUCACAUUUAGUAGGGAAGCAGACCCAUGUUAUUCGAUCUCAGUUAGAUACUCUCCACUCUCAGUAUCAACAUCAUGAUGCUCGAAUUGAACAGAUUGAACAAAAAUUGAGAAACCUAUCAUCCACAAUUAAUGACAUCGUAUCACCAAAAGAGGAAUUAAUGCGAAGAGGAAUAGUGUCAUCCAUCUUAUCAGGAAUAAAACUAGGUCUGGACCACAACAUACGAAUUACAUCCACCAUGCUGGAUGCAAUACAUGACGCUCGGAAAGGUCGACUACACCCAGGAAUAAUCUCAUCACAACAACUGGAGCCUAUUCUCCGAGAUAUUCAGGACAACCUAACGCAAGUCCGUUUUCCUCUGCCCGGUCCUAGGGUUAGCAUCGACGAAUUAAUCAAAAUAGCGACGACCUCUAUUUGGUGCGAGAUCGAAAACAUAAAGAUACUCAUUGAUAUUCCAUUAUUGGAGGAGUACCGCUAUCAAGCGUUCAAGAUUCAUCCCCUCCCUACCAUACAAAAGGACUUAGGUAGUGGAAAACAAAGAGCAUACGUGAAUUCAAAAUACAACUACCUCGUUGUCGAUGACGCAAAGCGAACUUACUUGUUUCUUAGUGAAAAGGAGUGGGGAAGUUGCCGAACCACCGCAGCUUAUCAUGCUUGUCUGGAAGGCGUGCCCAUCUACGAACUUCACGAACGACCCUCAUGUGAACCUAUGCUUCUCCUUAAACCAACUAUCGAAGCCAUGAAAUCCUGUCCAAUCAGAAUAACAUCAAAUCUGAAUUCUUACUGGACACCGCUAAGAACACUGGCCUCCUGGCUCUAUUCUUUUGCAGGACCGGAGAUUGUCACUAUCUCUUGUCAUUCUAUGAACCCAAUCAACCUAAAUUUAACUGGAACCGGAAUAAUGAAGUUAGCUCCAGGAUGUUUUGCGCGAACCGAAGAUGUCACCAUUCCAGCCAAUCCUGCGCAAAAAGGACAAUCUGAGCUGAUUUAUGGAGCUGAAUUGCACCUGAACCUAUUAGAAAUCUCGCCUCUUGUAUCCACACACGCCAACCUAGCUCUGACCUUAGAAGAACAACAAGCAGAAUUGAGUAACACCAAAUCAAUAACGUCUCACUUCGACGCCAACUCCAAAACACUCGACGAGUUGGAACAAGAACUACAGGAUUUCGCAAUACAACGACAUUUUAAAAGCAAACAGGCCACUUUAGUUUAUGGAUCAUAUGGAGGAUUGGCCCUAAUUGUUGUCUUUAUUCUGCUGUAUGUCUGCAGGAAGCCUAUAUUAAAUGGAGUCAAUACCCUUCAAAACACUGUAAAUCCCAAACGAGGACAAGUCAAACUUGAGACCCAUUUUCGACCCCAGCCGCCGGAGGUAAACGAGAAAAUCAUUAAGUCUAAGAUCAAUGAAACAACGCCUCCGACGGAUCUCACCAGUAUCAAAGUGCCAAAUUCAACCUUAACUGCUGCAGGACCAUCGGACGAGAAACAACCGACCGACCAAGGAUCAAAAGAAAUCUUUAAGACAUCAAUACCACAGAAGAACGAGUCAUCCGAAGGAUGUAUGCCAACUACAUCCAAGUUCACAUAUUUAUCAUCACCGAAAUCAGUUGUCACAUUACCAAUACAAGGACUACAACCAGUGUAACCGUAAUGUGGUAAGAAUGUGCAAUUAUUAAGGUAAGAGCAGCAAUGAUUUACGUAGGAAAAAAAAUCUGCGGCAUGAAAUAAUAAUAUCUCAUUAGCAAGGGCACCUCGUCAUCGGUCUAACCGAUAGGAGCUAAAAGCCAUUUCACUAACUGCCGACUGAAGCGCCCUUAAGUGCCCGUUCUCCCUUCUACCACGCAACCAAAGGUACCCGCUCUCAGAAGAAUAAACUUAUGAAGGCGAGUGCCCGUGGCUUGCAGCAGUGUUAGGUCAACACGUUAUCAUUGCUGAUCAUUGCCAAAUAAUUCAUUAAUGUAACAUACAUGAGAUUUUCCUCACUUGUUCCAAAUAUAGUGAUGUGUUCAAUUAAUUAAUAUUUCGUAAUAUUAGUAUAUUGAUAU